AUGUUGAAUGAGAAGAUACUAAAAAGGUUUGCGGGGAGAGAAAGAAUUUACUACUCCUUUGACUCUGUGCCAGAAGAUCGUCAAAAUCUCUAUCAGCAAGAGUUCUUGAAUUCAUUGUCAUUUGGCGGUUUCCCACCACAUGCUCUAAGAUUGAAAGUAGGUUCGCCGAUCAUGCUAUUGAGGAACAUUGAUACAAGUAGUGGACUAUGCAAUGGGACAAGGUUAGUAUGUUGUCAGUUAAUGGAUCAUGUGAUCGAGGCUGAAAUCUUGACUGGGCAUAACAAAGGUACACGAGUUUUUAUUCCACGUAUUCCUUUGAAAACAGCUGAAGAUGUAAAGUUACCUUUUAGUCAUGGUCAGUUGUAUGUCGCACUAUCGAGAGGAAUUUCCCAACAAACAACCAAAAUUUUGGUUAGCAAAGGAGAUAUUCGAGGCAGAGAUGGCGUAUUCACUAAAAACGUUGUGUAUAAAGAAGUUCUCUUGCCUUAA